AAAAUCUAUGCUAUUUUAGUAAUUAAUAAUAUAGAAAUGACAUGCAUAAGCUAGAAUCUACGUGUUGGUUCAAGAGGCUUCGUUGGUAAUGCUGUACCCUUAGCUUUGCGACACGUGGCCCUCCCUUUUCUGCAUGUCCACUCCCACUUUUUCUCUCUCUCUCUCUCUCUGCACUAGAUUUCCUAUAAAUUAAAAAUUAACUUAAUUCAUCUUUCACAUAUCUAAAAGCAGAAGCUGAAGCUUAAUUACAAUCACUUUUUUGAUCUUCUUUUUUUCUGAUCGAUUCUUGAUAAUUUACUGCUCAUCAAACAUAAUUCUCAAAAUGGCGUUCAGCAAAACGGCAUACUGGAAAUCAAUGGUUGAAAAGCUGGAAGCUGGGAAUUAUUCGAGCUUCACAACGUUAACUUCUCCGAAGAUGAAACCCUACUCCCCCACGGCCGACAACUUUGUCCCCUCUCCAGGUGGCGGCGGCGGCAUUAAAUCCAAGUUGCCCAAGGGUGGGUUUGCUCCGGUGUUUGUGGCGGUGGGGAUGAUAGCUCUGUCCGCGAGUUUCGGGGUGUACACGGCGGUGCACCAGCUGCGGCGGAACCCUAGUGUUUCUGUCCGGAAGUCGAGGAGGGAGACCAUCCCGGAGGUGGUGGAGCCGGAGCACGUGGCGGAGGAGGCUGAGAAGUUUGUGAAGCAGUCCUUUUUCAGGAAGGUGGCGCACGUGCAGGAUUUCGACCGACAAGAGGUCAUGUCUGAUCCCAUACGUGGCGAUGUUUUCACCAGGCCUGUACGUGUGGAAACAUUGAAAGACGUUGGAGUGGAACCCAAACCUAAUUAAUACUUUGUUUAAUUUAAUUAGUUUCUUAAUUACACUGAAAUUCGUCCCAGAAAAAAAAACUUGUUAGACGAAAAAUAGUAACUUCCCUUUUAAUAAUGUGGUCUAUUUAUUUAAGUGAUGAUCUGAUCUGCAUUUGUGUUUGUA